AUGAAUGAUAUUAGGGAUUGCCUAAAAUCAACAUUGGAAGAAAUCGUAAGUAAGAUAACAUCUUUUGAAAAACAAAAUGCUUUGCUCAUAAUGAAUAUGCAAAAACCGAUUGAAGGCAAAUAUUACCAACAGGAGGGCGCAGUUGAUCGAAAACUUGAAAAACUAAACUAUGCACAAAAUAAUGUUACUAAGGAGAAUUCUGACAUCUAUAAGCCGUCGGCCUCAGCUGCCAAAAGCACAUAUUCAAAAAAGUACAAAAAAUUACAAGAAAAUUUUGCUAAAGAAAACCAGAUCAGAGGUAUUAGAUACGAAGUGGGCAAAAAUAUGAUGGCUUCCAAGUAG